AUGACUCAGGUGCAGUACAAAAUCGAGAAAAGGGUAAAUCUCCAUAAAACACUACCCAAAUCAACCCUACUUUGGAAUAAAGUUUCCCAGUAUCCAGAAAGCCCCAGGUCACGUUAUGUCAUAAUCGGUGAUGUCAUCAUUGGGGACAUUCUCAAGUUGCCCUCUGAUUUCAGCCUUUCUGACCUUGAAGCCUGUGGGAUCAAGGAACUUUCUGAGAGCGAGAUGGCUCUUGCCGGCCUGUGGGCUCCGCAGGCAGGGAUCAUAGGGGAUGGGCCUGGCAAGGGGAAAGGCGAACAGGCCUCCCUGAACUCAGAGGCCCUCCAGACGGCCGCCCUAAAAUGUGGCCCAGCGAAGCGUGCGGUGUGGGUCCACCAGAACCGCUUGGAGCCAGGCGAGCCUACGAAGUCAGCAGAAGCCAGGGAGAAGCCCCAGGUAAAGGUGACCAAAGCGGUGGUUGUGGACCUCGGCACUGGCUACUGUAAGUGCGGCUUCGCCGGGCUACAAAGGCCCACCCACAAGAUCUCCUCGACAGUGGGCAAGCCCUACAUGGAGACCACCAAGACCGGGGACAAACGCAAGGAGACCUUCGUGGGGCAGGAGCUCAUCAACCCGGAGGUUCGUCUCAAGCUGGUGAAUCCCCUGCGGCACGGCGUCAUCGUGGACUGGGACUCGGUGCAGGGCAUCUGGGAGUACAUCUUCCAGAAAGAGAUGAAGAUCGCCCCAGAGGAGCACGCGGUCCUGGUUUCAGACCCACCGCUGAGCCCACACACCAACCGAGAGAAGUAUGCCGAGAUGCUGUUUGAGACCUUCAGCACUCCUGCGAUGCACAUCGCCUACCAGUCCCGCCUGUCCAUGUACUCCUAUGGAAGGACCUCCGGCCUGGUCGUGGAGGUGGGCCACGGCGUGUCUUACGUGGUCCCCAUCUACGAAGGUUAUCCUCUGCCCAGCAUCACGGGGCGGCUGGACUAUUCGGGCUCUGACCUGACCAACUACUUGAUGGGCCUGAUGAACAGCUCGGGAAAACGCUUCACCGAGGCCCAGAAGGGCGUCGUGGAGGACAUCAAGAAGAAAUGCUGCUUUGUGGCCCUGGACCCCAUCGAAGAGAAGAGAGUCCCGGAGACGAAGCAUAUGAUCCCGUACACCCUGCCGGAUGGGCAGCAGAUAUACCUGGGCCAGGAAAGGUUCCUCUGCUCCGAGAUGUUCUUCAAGCCUUCCCUGAUCAGGUCCAUGCAGCUGGGCCUCCACACCCAGACGGUGUCCUGCCUGAACAAGUGCGACAUCGCCCUCAAACGGGACCUCAUGGGGAAUAUCCUGCUCUGCGGGGGCAGCACUAUGCUCAGGGGUUUCCCUAACCGUCUGCAGAGGGAGCUGAGCAGCUUGUGUCCCAAUGACACCCCCCAGGUGAACGUGCUGCCCGAGAGAGAGACUGCAGUGUGGACGGGUGGCUCCAUCCUGGCGUCGCUCCAUGGCUUCCAGCCACUGUGGGUCCACCGCUUUGAGUAUGAGGAACAUGGGCCUUUCUUCAUCUACAGAAGGUGCUUCUGA